AUGAAUGAUGCUGAUGCAGUAUUGCCCUUGCCAGCUGUUCCUCCCACCAAUGGUGACACUGAUCGACACGUGGAACCUAGCUUAAAACUUGCUGAAAACAAGAAUCUAGUACGGGUGGCUUCUCCCGCUGAGAAGCAAAAACUAGAACGGGAGAAUGGUGGUGGUAAUGGUAGCGAUGAUGCAGUCAGCGUUAAAGCGGACUCGGAGGCGGAAACCAUAAUCCAGUCAGGGCGGGAAGAGCUAUCGCCAGAGAAAAAGAAACGGUAUAUACAGCAUAAACGCGAUAGGAGCCAUGGGAGAGCCGAAGAUGAAAAGGACUCUCGAGUCGCGUUGUUAUCGGAAAGUGGGAAACCUCGAAAGCGACCCCGGGUAGAAAAUGAUAAUGUGGAUGGUAGGUCUGCCAAAACUCGCGAUCCUAGCGAACAGAUUUCGCGAGUCUCGUCGCCACCACGGGUGAUGAAAGAAACGAAGCAAAAGGAAAAUGGAGAUUUGGAGAAAACGUCUGCCACACGCGGCUUAUCGCACUCGCGUUCUGAUGGGUUAGAGGGAAGUAAAGGCUACCCCUCGACAAAACGUUCAUCAAGUGAAGGAGUUGUUCGCACGGAGGAAGGAGAGACCCGUCGCCAUCGCGACCGUCAACAUCUAUCAAACCCAUCCCACAACAAAACUUCGGAUGAAACAUCCAACCAAUCGCAUUCGCAGCAUUUAUCUAAACAUCGUUCCCCGUCACCUGCUUAUCGUUUACACCAUAGAGUUACUUCGGGGUCGCACCCGUCUAUUGAUUCGAAGAAGAGAAGACGAGCGCCACCGCCGCUUGCGACAGAUUCACACCGCCAAGUCUCAGAGGACCGAGAGUCUAUUUCGUCUUCCGCCAGUGGAUCUCCUUUACCAUCCGCUCGUCUUCCGAUAUCACCUGCAAAGCAGAUGCAAGCAAAAAAACAGCGGGAUCAAAAUGGUCGGACAAGGCUUGCGAGAGCCUGUGCCAUGCAGGAAGUGGAGGCUGCGAAAGCGCGCCAUUCUGAGCGCCCAGACGAUCUAAAUAUUCCUGACAACGCGGGGAACACGCCACUUCAAAUCGCUGCUCUUGAAGGCUGUGUAGAUAUUGUUAAGUUUCUAAUCGAAGCAGGAUGUGAAAUCGACACAAGGAAUAUUGACAGAGACACCCCCUUGAUUGAUGCUGUGGAGAACGGCCAUUUGGAGGUUGUUAAAUUGCUUUUGGAUGCAGGGGCUAAUCCUCGCCUUGGCAAUGCUGAGGGCGAUGAACCGUAUGACCUUGUCCCGUCUGAUAACCAGAACUACGAGGAAAUGCGAAAAAUAAUUGCAGAGGCUAAAGUUAAGGGACAACGACGACGUAAGUCUACAGACCAAGCUACUCGCGCCACCUCCUCGGGCAGGGACCCUUCAUCGCGGGGUGCAUCGGCGGCCAGUCCUCGUGAUUCUCCCCCAGUUCAUGGUCAGCGAAGUUCUCCUCCGGUUACUCUUGGAGCUCGUAGGAGGACCGUGAGGAGUGAGGCAACCAGGAACGAUUUGCUAUGGACAAAGGCAACUCCUGAAAAUCUUCGAGAUUUUGCUGCUAAGGGAGAUAUGGCUGGUGUUGCAAAUAUCCUUAACGUGGGACAAAAAGCUGAUCCUGAGUCGCUUAUUGCUGCGGCGAAAGGUGGGCAUGACGAAGUCUUGGGGAUUCUGUUGGGCAUGGGUGACCCGGACCCGGACCCGGAACCACUGCAGACUGGCAACCAUAAUAAACCGGGAUACAAUACCCCUAUGCUUGCUGCAAUCGGUAGGGGAAACCUUGCGGUUAUUCAACUUCUACUGGACCAACGAGGAUUCGAUCCCACGCGUCUUGAUCGCCGUGGCCGCACAUAUUACGAAUUAUCAAGAGAACGGAAAGGAGAUCACUGGGAAAAGGAAUACGAACUUCUAAAGCGGGCAUACGAUAACCAUCUGCGAACCCUCAAGAAUCGCAGACCUGAUACGAAAUCUCCUCGAAGGGUUCGUGAAAAAGAGACAGAGGUUAAGAAAUACGUUCGGCGGGAGUCGUUAUCUCCAGCUCCUUCUUCACAACGAAAAGCCAGCAGGACAUCAGAUUCAAGUCGCCAAACUGAGCGUUCUGCUCGGGAAAUAGACCAUGUAAAGGAUAAGAGAAAGUCUGAGACUGUUAGUCAUGAGAAGGAUAAGUGGGUUGUAGGGAAUCGAUCUAAGCUGCCAAACAGAGAGAAUAGCAACCUCGACCAGUCUGCAGGCGGGUCUGACCAGGAAGCUCGUCCGGACCGAAAAUACUCAAAGGACUCUGUAACUUCUCACAAUGGGGACGAGCCUGUCAAGCGUCGGCGCCUCAUUGCAGGCCGACCACCUGACAGAGUGAAGAGGAGGGAAAGUCUGAUAUCGUCCGACUCUCAUUCUAGCCGCGAUGACGCAGGUAAACCGCGGACAGAAACUGCAAACCCAGACGUGAAGCCAAUAAAGGAUGAGCCCCCACGAAAACGUCCACGAAGCAGUGUAUCUCCAGAACCACCACAGCUCCGUGGCCGUCAACGCAAAGAGGACGAUGUUCGUGAUAGCCAAAAUCAAAAGAAGCGGAGACGCGUUCAAUCUGAAGAGAAUGGACUCUCAUCCUCCAGCAGUAGCGCAGCAAAGAAAUUUCUGGAAUUACCAGCACCGUCCUCAAAGGCUCAACCGAGGCGGAGAAAUAGCAAUGCCCCGAAGGUCGGCAAUGAAAUAUCUCGUGACGGGGAUAGCCAUGUAGAUAAAGAGCUGUCUGGCUCACGGAAGUCGAAUACAGGAUCGACUGCUAUCAAGCAGGAGCAAAAGAAAUCAGAGUCAGACAUCAAAGACAUCCCUAUGGAGGAUGUUAAUCGCCCUGAAGCGGAGGCGGCAGAGGUAAAGGAGGUUGGGGAAGCGAAGGAAGCAAGGGAAAAAACGUUAAGGGAAGCAACCGAAGCGAAAGAGGCCAAGCAAGCAAAGGAAGCAAAGGAGGCUAGGGUCGCACAGGAUGCACAGCAAGCGAAAGAGGCCAAACAAACAAAGGCUAAGGCAACACAGGAAUCACUGCAAGCGAAGGAAGCGAAGGAAGCGAAGGAAGCAAAGGAAACAAAAAACGAAGCACAAGAGCUAAACGAAGCCAGGGAAAGAGAAGCCAGGGAAAGAGAAGCCAGAGAAAGAGAAGCCAGAGAAAGAGAAGCCAGAGAAAGAGAAGCCAGAGAAAGAGAAGCCAGAGAAAGAGAAGCCAGAGAAAGAGAAGCCAGAGAAAGAGAAGCCAGAGAAAGAGAAGCCAGAGAAAGAGAAGCCAGAGAAAGAGAAGCCAGAGAAAGAGAAGCUAGGGAAAGAGAAGCUAGGGAAAGAGAAGCCAGGGAAAGGGAGGCUAGGGAGGCUAUGGAGGCAGAGCUAGCCAAGGAAGCCCAGGAAGCUGAAGAGAGACGUGUUGCUGCCCAGGCUGAACGUGAAAGACAGGAGAAGGAACUUCGAGACGCCCAAGCUGCCAAAGAGGCCCGAGAAGCAGAGGAAGCGAAGGAAGCUGCGGAAACCGCUGCGCGACUAGCUCGUGAAAAGGCCGAGGAAGAGGAACGCAAAAGAAAGGAAAUGGAGCUUCGGCGAAUUAGGCAGGCUGAAGAAGAGCGCCAAAAGCGCUUAGAACAAGAACGACUUCGUCUUGCAAGGUUGCGGAAAGAGCAGGAGGAACAGGAACAGCGGCGUUGCGACGCUCUGCCCAAUCGACUUCGUGCUGCUGCAAACUUCGUCGGCUCCAAUCACCCUAUAUCUAAAAGCCAUACCUGGCUUAGAAAGUUCAUGCCUCUGGUAACAGCAACAACAAAGCAAAUCAACCCUUCCUGUGACGACGAGGCUAAGGAUGACAAAUGGAUUCCCAACUAUCUGGUUGCACCACUUCUUGCUACAAACGAUCUUCAGCUCUCGCAAUAUCCAAGUUGGGAAAGGCGGUCUGCCACUCCUACCCAGAGAAAUAAUCUUUGGAGGGUAACCCGGCGUAUUCUAGUCGAAGAAGGCGAGCUCAAUCCCUUAACAUCCAGCUACGUCGAAGUUAUGCGGAAAGAUGCAGAAACUCGACCCAAAUACUUUGCUAUGGAACAUAUAUUUUGGGUCAAGUAUUCCGAUUUCAUGGAUUUGGUUCCUCAUGUCCCCCACCUCCACGGUCUUGAGAUUCGAACACUGCGAAUGCAUGUCGACUCUGAGCCAGGUGCCGAAACGAUUCAGACAGAACCGCAGCUUCCCAACGGGAUAAGAUCUACUACACCUAACAUAGAUCCUGGACCGAAGCGAGGCUCGAAUUUUGGUAUUUUCCACGCCGCCGCCAAAAGAGAACAUCCUCCACGCCAACUCUCAUUAUCAACCCCGAUAAAAACCCCUGUUUCCUGCACUCACCUCUUUGAGGAUAAUCCGACAUUUGGAAACGAUCCCAUCGAUAUUCCUACGUCAACAAUGUCGGACGGAGAAGAGACCGCUUCCAACCCGCCUGUCGGUGCCGCCGAUGAGGUCGAGGUUUCCGCUGACACCACUGCUGGCAGCUCCAUGUCCGUUCUAGACGCUCUCAAGGGCGUUCUCAAGAUCGCUCUGAUCCACGACGGCCUUGCCCGUGGCUUGCGGGAAGCUUCCAAGGCUCUCGAUCGCCGCCAAGCGCACAUGUGCGUGCUCAACGAGGGCUGCGAGGAAGACGCUUAUAAGAAGCUCGUCAUUGCGCUUUGCUCAGAGCAUAAGAUCCCCCUCAUCAAGGUUCCCGAUGGGAAGAUGCUGGGCGAGUGGGUUGGACUCUGUGUUCUUGACCGCGAAGGCAACCCACGCAAGGUUGUUAACUGCUCUUGCGUUGUCCUCCGUGACUGGGGUGAAGAGUCCCAGGAGCGCUCCGUCCUCCUCAACUACUUCCAGACCGAGCAAUAGACCAGUCAAAACGAACGCGGCAACUGGGGUUAAAACGGAUGGAUAGGCGGGGAAAUGAAAAAAAAAAAAAAUGACAAAAAAUAAAUCAGUUUAUAAGUGCGACUUACGAGCGGGAGUGCUUAUUGGGAACAAGCUGGCUUCAAACUCGUAAUCGAGAGCGAACUUAGAUAAAACUUUUCGGGGCCAUAGGCCCUCCUUUUUCACAGCACUAAUUAAAAUUAACCCGUUUUAUACAUCACUUGGUAUACCUGUUUGUUAUCCCAUUUUUAUUCUAUGGCCAUUAUUGUUGGUUUCUAAGGUUAGCAACCUGGUAAGAUAGAUAUCAGUGGCAAGUGAGGAUCACAUCAUACACAGGUAAUCUUUCAUUG